UGCCCCGGGGCCUCGUGCUGGCCGGGGUGCUCAGCCUGUGUCCAGGGUUCACAGCCGCCUUCAACAUGGACACCAGGAAGCCCCGGGUCAUCCCCGGCUCCAGAGCCGCCUUCUUCGGCUACACGGUGCAGCAGCACGACAUCAGCGGCAGGAAGUGGCUGGUUGUGGGUGCCCCGCUGGAGACCAACGGCCACCAGAAGACGGGAGACGUGUACAAGUGUCCCGUGACCCAGGGGAACUGCACCAAGCUCAACCUGGGGAGAGUCACCCUGUCCAACGUGUCUGAGCGGAAGGACAACAUGCGUCUUGGCCUGAGCCUUGCCACCAACCCCAAGGACAACAGCUUUCUGGCCUGCAGCCCCCUCUGGUCCCACGAGUGUGGGAGUUCCUACUACACCACGGGGAUGUGCUCACGCGUCAACUCCAACUUCAGGUUCUCCAAGACGGUGGCCCCAGCUCUCCAAAGGUGUCAAACCUACAUGGACAUCGUGAUUGUACUGGAUGGCUCCAACAGCAUCUACCCCUGGGUGGAGGUUCAGCACUUCCUCAUCAACAUCCUGAAGAAGUUUUACAUCGGCCCGGGCCAGAUCCAGGUGGGAGUCGUUCAGUAUGGAGAAGACGCGGUCCACGAGUUCCACCUCAACGACUACAGAUCGGUCAAAGACGUGGUGGAAGCCGCCAGCCACAUCGAGCAGAGAGGAGGGACGGAGACCCGGACAGCGUUCGGCAUUGAAUUUGCUCGGUCAGAGGCAUUCCAGAAGGGAGGGAGGAAAGGGGCCAAGAAGGUGAUGAUUGUCAUCACAGACGGGGAGUCCCAUGACAGCCCGGACCUGGAGAGAGUGAUCCGGCAGAGCGAGAGGGACAAUGUGACCCGAUACGCCGUGGCCGUCCUGGGUUACUACAACCGCAGGGGGAUCAAUCCAGAAACCUUCCUGAGUGAAAUCAAAUACAUUGCCAGUGACCCUGACGACAAGCACUUCUUCAAUGUCACCGACGAGGCGGCCCUGAAGGACAUUGUGGAUGCCCUGGGCGAGAGGAUCUUCAGCUUGGAAGGCACCAACAAGAACGAAACGUCCUUCGGGCUGGAGAUGUCGCAGACGGGCUUCUCCUCGCACGUGGUGGAGGACGGGAUCCUGCUGGGCGCGGUGGGCGCCUAUGACUGGAACGGGGCGGUGCUGAAGGAGACGAGCGGCGGCAAGGUGAUCCCGCUGCGCGAGGCCUACCUGAAGGAGUUCCCCGAGGAGCUGAAGAACCACGGCGCCUACCUGGGGUACACCGUGACAUCCGUGGUGUCCUCCAGGCAGGGCCGGGUGUACGUGGCCGGAGCCCCCCGGUUCAACCACACGGGCAAAGUGAUCCUGUUCACCAUGCACCACAACCGCAGCCUCACCAUCCACCAGGCUCUGCGGGGCGAGCAGAUAGGCUCCUACUUUGGGAGCGAGAUCACGUCGGUGGACACGGACGACGACAGCGUGACGGACGUCCUGCUGGUGGGCGCCCCCAUGUACUUCAGCGAGGGCCACGAGCGCGGCAAGGUGUACGUCUACAACCUGAGACAGAGCCGCUUUGUCUACAACGGCACGCUGAAGGAGUCCUACAGCUACCAGAACGCCCGCUUCGGCUCGUCCAUCGCCGCCGUGCGAGACCUCAACCAGGACGCCCACAACGACGUGGUGGUGGGGGCCCCCCUGGAGGACAGCCACAGGGGGGCCGUCUACAUCUUCCACGGCCGCCGAGGCGGCGUCCUCAAGACGCCCGCGCAGAGAAUCGGCGCGUCGGAGCUGGCCCCGGGCCUCCAGUUCUUCGGCUGCAGCGUCCACGGGCAGCUGGACCUCAACGAGGACGGCCUGGUGGACCUGGCUGUGGGCGCCCUGGGCAGCGCCGUCAUCUUGUGGGCCCGGCCUGUAGUGCAGAUCAACGCCAGCCUCCGCUUCGAGCCGUCCAAGAUCAACAUCUUCCACAAGGACUGCCAGCGUAACGGCAGGGACGCCACCUGCCUGGCCGCCUUCCUCUGCUUCACGCCCGUCUUCCUGGCGCCCCACUUCCCAGAAGCGACCGUCGGCAUCCGGUACAACGCCACUAUGGACGAGAGGCGGUACAUGCCCCGGGCCCACCUGGACGAGGGGGGGGACCAGUUCACCAACCGGGCCGUCCUGCUGUCCUCGGGCCAGGAGCACUGUCAGCGGAUCAACUUCCACGUCCUGGACACUGCCGACUACGUGAAGCCCGUGGCCUUCUCGGUCGAGUACCUGCUGGAAGACCCCGAGCACGGCCCUGUGCUGGACCACGGCUGGCCCACGACGCUCAGAGUCUCGGUGCCUUUCUGGAACGGCUGCAAUGAGGACGAGCACUGCGUUCCUGACCUCGUGCUGGACGCCCGGAGCGACCUGCCCACGGCCAUGGAGUACUGCGAGCGGGUUCUGCGGAGGUCCGCGCGGGACUGCUCCACCUACACGCUGUCCUUCGACACCACGGUGUUCGUGGUGGAGAGCACGCGCCGGCGCGUGGCGGUGGAGGCCACGCUGGAGAACCGCGGCGAGAACGCCUACAACACCGUCCUCAACAUCUCCCAGUCGACGAACCUGCAGUUCGCCAGCUUGAUCCAGAAGGAGGACUCGGACGGCAGCAUUGAGUGUGUGAACGAGGAGAGACGCCUGCACAGGAAAGUCUGCAAUGUCAGUUACCCCUUCUUCAGGGCCAAGGCCAAGGUAGCCUUCCGUCUGGACUUCGAGUUCAGCAAGUCCGUCUUCCUGCAACACCUGCACGUCCAGCUGGGCGCCGGCAGUGACAGCGAGGAGCAGGACAGCACCAAGGACGACAACUCAGCCCUCCUCCGCUUCCACCUCAAGUAUGAGGCCGACAUCCUCUUUACCAGGAGCAGCAGCCUGAGCCACUACGAGGUCAAGGCCAACAGCUCACUGGAGAGGCAGGGGGGCAUCGGGCCCCCCUUCAGCUGCGUCUUCAAGGUGCAGAACCUGGGCUUCUUCCCCAUCCACGGGGUGACCAUGAAGAUCACCAUUCCCAUCGCCACCCGGGGCGGCAACCGUCUCGUGGUGCUGAGGGAUUUCUUCACCGACCAGGUGAACACGUCCUGUAACAUCUGGGGAAACAGUACCGAGUACCGAACCACCCCAAUGGAGGAAGACUUGAGUCGUGCCUCGCAGUUGAAUCACAGCAACUCUGACGUGGUCUCCAUCAACUGCCACGUGAAGCUGGCUCCCAACCAGGAAGUGGGCUUCUACCUGUUAGGGAACCUGUGGCUGCGGUCCCUCAAGGCACUCAAGUACAGGUCCCUGAAGAUCAUGGUCCACGCAGCCUUGCAGAGGCAGUUCCACAGCCCCUUCAUCUUCCCCGAAGAGGACCCCAGCCGCCAGAUCACAUUUGAGAUCUCCAAGCAAGAGGACUGGCAGAUCCCCAUCUGGAUCAUCGUGGGCAGCACCCUGGGGGGGCUCCUGCUGCUCUCCCUGCUGGUGCUGGCACUGUGGAAGCUCGGCUUCUUUAAAAGUGCCAAGCGCAAGCGGGAGCCCGGCCUAGGCUCCCCCCCCAAAGCACUGGAGUGAGGCUCGGCGGAGGCCUGGAUUCACGGGCUGGACACCAGUCUGGGCGGUGUGCAGGCCCUGCCGAGCCGGCGUGGACCCCAGCCGGCUUCGCACUCGGCCUGGUCUCAAGCCAUGGAGCCCGUGCCCUGAGGUGGAGCCCACGCAGGAGUGAAGACAAGCCACCCUCCUGGAGGCCGCAACACCUCACAGACCCCCGAGGGACUUAAAGGGACCUCUCCAUGGCUCUGGAGAGCGUGGGCUGCACCAGCCACGAAGGUGCUAGAAAUCCGUCACCACAGUCACCUCUGGAAGAAACCCCGGGAGGAAGCCUGUGCGUACAAACUCACUGCGCGGCGCCGGGCCUCC